UACCAUCAUCCCCAUCACUUCUGAAAUAGUCAAAUUAUACCUGCCUAUUUCCACAUCCCGGCGCCAGUGAUCAAUCAUUAUGAAGCCGCCGUUGAUACCUCCGGCUCCAAGGCCUGUUAGCCUCAAGCCAUCAACUCCUGCUGUCUUGCAGACCUCGUUUGGUGAUGAACAAUGGGUGAAUGCGGCCAAUCUAGCAAGGCAACGAUACAGAGUCACUAAAGAUCCUUACUACUUGGCUGUUGAAGUUGCUGCUAAAUCACAGAGUGACAAUGUUGCAGACCGUAACGCUGGAAAGGUGGCAGUUGAGGCCAUGGUCAAGGACAAGACUAUUAUUACGGAUGUCGAUACUCUUGAUCUCUACGAGCUCGCUUGCCAUCGAGUAGACAUCAAGUACUCGGAAACGAUCGGUGCGUUGCGCGCAAGGCUAGUGAAAGCCAUUCCAAAGGAUCAGGCAUCUUGCAGCCGCUGCCUCGACGCUUGUGUUUGGAAUUCGGAUUGGAAAAAUGCUCAGCAGAUUGCAGCAUCAUUGCACAAGAAUUUUGGGAGCGAGCAUAAAUUUCUGUUUCGAUACAUACUGGCCACCCAUCAAUACGCUCUAUCAGAUGAUUGUCCCGAGAACAGCAGGAAGAUUUUUGGAUCUCUUGCGAGAGCUCAGGCUGAUAAGGCCUUUGACUUCCGUGUCAUGACUGCUGGUUCGGGUUAUUAUGUUUCUAGGGGUGCCAAUGAUGAAUCCGAAGGGUGGAUGUGGCUCAUUAUUCGUCUAACUCACUGCGAGCCAAAAGACAACGCGGAGUUGUUCAAGAAGCCUGAGUAUGGUCCUCUUGCGUUUCUCGAAGCUGGCCAUUUUGAGCCUUAUUGGAGCCUCAUGAACUACCUACAAGAUCUGCCUGCCUGGGAUUACGUCUUCCAGGUUGCGAAGCAGAUUCUAGAAGAAGCGACCCGGAUUUGUCAGAACGAGGCUUCCGCCAUUGAAGCGGACGAGAAUGUGAUCAGUUUGCGUGCACUGGCAAAGGAUGAAGCACAACAAAACUCAUCUACGGCGGAGUCGUCAGUUAAAAAGGACCUAGUUCGAGCUAUAGAAAAGGCUAGGCCUGGACGCAGCUUAAAGGAUCAUGCCUAUGUCAACGCAUGCUGCGAAUAUGAGUUACUAAUGAUCCUUUUUCGCGCAGCCAGCCUUCAGCCAGACCGCAAGCGGGCUUUCAAAAAGGUUCGCCAGUUAUGUGACAAGAUGGCUAAGGCUUUGGUGAGAGCCGAGUGCAUGAAACCCAUAUUCCAAAAAGCAUAUGAUCUUCUUGCGAUGUGUAUUCUUUUUGAGAGAGAUACACAGGCAGCGCUAGGCCGUGGCUCCUCUACACGGAUCAUCAACCUUACCAGUUACGUUAUCAAGCACUACCAGGACCCUCAGUGUUUGACCGAAGCUAUGUCCUUCUUCGGGACUUUAAGCAAGGCAGAGCUUGCUCUACUCCUAAAUUCUCUUCGUACCCGCGGCAUUAAGUGUGCCGACCAUUUCCAAGGCAUUAUGUUAAUGUCCAUCAGCUUGAGCAUGCGGUACUCAAUUGCAACGGAGGGUGGCUUGACAUGCGAGCUCUGUGAUAAUGCAUUAGAAGGAUCUGACUGUGUCUAUUGUCUUCGGUCAAUCGCGAUUAGUGCCCUUGAGGCUUAUAAGUCUGGCAUGGACGACGACAAUCUCACUCAAAAUAUACUGCCUAAACAAAGCGUGAAUCCACUUUCAGAUAUCGCAGUGGUUGGUGCUACAUGUCUCUUGAAGCUUGCAAGACUUGGACGUGGGCCUUCGCCGCAAGGAAAUAGUUCUCUGUUCAACGCAGACAUCCAAUUGUUCCUGCAAGCUGUCCUAUGGCUGGACUUCCACGCGAGCACCCCCUUGCCUAAAACCACGACACAUUCUCUAUUACUGGCCAAGCUAUACCUUCUGAUGGGAUGUGUGGCCCGUGCUAAGGCCCUUUGGGGUGGACUGGACAUAAAAAAUGCAUUGCUCGAUUCCUUAGGGUUGCUCUAUAUUGAUCGGUUGUCUUCCAUCGCCCCCGGAGUUUUCCUAUCGGGUCGCAGCUAUGACAAUCCCGUCGAACCUUUCAUGGUGCAUUUCACAAGAGGGCUGAGGAGCACUAUUCCUAAGAGGAUUAUGAAUUCUCUAGAAAUGGGAACUUAUCCGAGUAUUGGGUCGAUGAUACAGUUUGCUGAGAAGCAGACAGCAAGUUGUACAUUGGUGAUGGCCGUAAUAGAGGAACGGCGAGGCUUGCGGAUGAAAGCAGGCAAGAUCGAGACCUGUAUUGAUGACAACUGCCUUGUUCGAAACCUCUCGAUCGAGCAUGACCUCGUAGACAUUACUGACUACAAUGCCUAUGCUAUACCACGUCGCAAGAACACCGAGGAGUACGUGGGUGGAGAGAAGUCGAAGCCUAUACACGCUAUUGUAAACUAUGGACCUCUCCCAACGGGCACUCGCGCCCACCUUGGACUUCUAGCUGAACGCUUCCUCGAUUUUGUUUGUUAUGUGCAGCCGAAAGAGUAUAAGCCAUCAAAGGCCGGACAGAUCAUACAACUCGACUGGAAAUAUGCAGUCGCCGCUUCUUGUCACCUAGAAAAUAGCAUGAGGACCAUUCUAGGCGUUGCCGACUCGAAGCUUUCGGUAGAAGAGAAAGCCAAACUAUGUCGCCAACAAGAGGACCUCAAAGCAACACUCACUUCAGCGGAGAACUGGUAUCAUAGCAUCGUAUACAGACUCGCAAGCGCAGUGCAGAACAUCAUGGAACAUGCAAUUGUUUCAGCACCUACCAAUCAAAUUCGCGACCUUAUCCGCCAUAUCGUUACGGGGAUUGUGCAGACACUCGAGGGCCAGACCCAUGACUUCCUAGCCGUACCUAAUAACAUACAAUCCAAAAGAUCCGGGUUCCACGGCUUCGCGGCUUUACAUGCUAUGGGCAUGCUACGCGAAUCGAUCAUCGCCGUCAAGUACACGGCAAACUAUCUCACAGCCGCUGCCGAGAAGGCGAAGAACAUGGACAAGGGCCGUACUGCGGCUGACCUUGCAUGGCUGGCGCCUGAGAUCAAGAAGAUGACAGCAGCAGCAACCGAAUCAGAGAAUACGAUCAAGGCGCGCAUCAAGCUCCUUAAAAGCUAUCUCGACAACGUCAACGGUUGGAGGGAUCGCUUAUGCGAAUGGGCCUUGGACGACUCCCCCAAUCCAUACGACCAGAACAAGGACUUCAAAGUUGAGAUGACUGAGAAGCUUAAGGCCAUUGUGCCCAAAGCGAAAGCCGAGUUGUGGGGAGAUUCAGUUAGCGCAUCCUGGCAAGAUGUCAUGAGGGGAUGGGCCAACGUCAAGUUCGACUGAGUCUUCAUCACCUACUGAGCACCUGGCAUCCUAUUUCAUUCCCCAACACUGGAGGUUGCAAUAAUUACCUCUCCGAAUACGCAUUUCGAUUCUUGC